AUGGAAGAAAUUAGUACGAAUGUUGUUCACAAAAGAAGAAGACUUGGAAAGUUAAUCAAUGAAAAUGAAAUUCAAGGGCCGGUAUCAGCCCCCACCACAGUUGAAUUUCCUGAAAUAGAUCCUAACAUCAGAUUUAAUUUUCCCAGACUGCAACGCCCCGAGGGUCUAAGCAAUGAAACUAGAGAAUUUUGCAGCGAUAAUAUCGAGUAUAAUUUUGAUUUAGCUGGAUCAAGAACACUUUCACAUAAAGAUUUCAAACAAUGGGAUUAUUUUAAUCCAAACUUAUAUGAGUCCUUCCAAUCAAUAGGUACAAUUUCCCCUGAUGAAUUGAGUGAUGAAGAAAUGACAUACAGUACAUAUAAGGAAAAUCCUCAAAAUUUCACCGUUUUCGACAAUAGGGCGGAGGAUAGUAAUGUUCACGAAUCAAAUGAAGUUGAUAUUGAUCAGUCCACUGAACCCAACUUUGCUGGGAUUGAUUCCAAUAAUUUUGUAAUUACAGAGAAUGGACCCAAAAGAAUUUGCGAUGUUGUUUUUUCAAAAGAGAAUUUAUUAUGUCCAAAUUUAACGACCAAAGAAAUUGAAAUUCAUAAAGCAACAAAGGUCAUUUUUUCAAACAUCGAAUUUCACGAUCUUAGAGAUUAUAAAGGGUUGAUUGCUUCAACUUGUCAGAAAUUCCCUCUCAAAAUCAAGAAAAAUGGAAAAGGCACCUAUAAUGAUGAGGUUUUAGAGUGCAUUCCUCCAACCAAAUGGAAUCCAAAAAAAGAUAUUAAGAUAGCAGGAAAACAUGUUUUCAAAAUUAGUGAAGGCAUUGAAGAAGAUGGCGAAAAACAAGGUGAAAAACAAGGUGAAAAACAAGGUGAAAAACAAGGUGAUGAACAAGGUGGAGCACAAGGUGAUGAACAAAGUGGAGCACAAGGUGGAGCACAAGGUGAUGAACAAGGUGAUGCACAAGGUGGAGCACAAGGUGAUGAACAAGGUGAUGCACAAGGUGAUGCACAAGGUGAUGAACAAGGUGAGGAUAACGAUAAACGCAUCCGAAUGUUUAAAUUAGUUCAUCAGAGCCGUAACGGCUACGUUGGAGAAGAAAGCUAUACUAUCAAUGAGAUUAGGAAAUUUUUAGACUUGAAGACCCCUAUUCAGUGGGUCACAUUCCUAAAUGUGCUCGGGUUCUUUGCCGGUGAUGGCACCUUAUUAUAUACUCGCUAUCUACAUUUGGAUGGUAUCAUUUUUCAUCAAAGAAAACUAAAUGACCUUUUGGUUUUGGAAAGAUCCUUUUUGAUUUUAGGUUUGCAAUUUGGAAAAGACUGGAGAAAGUUCCAACACCUUGCCGCUCAUGAUAAUGUUAUGAAUUAUGUUUUUGUUGUUACCAACGAUAAGUAUCGUAUUUUUUUUGAACAUUUAUACGGGCAAAAAUACAAGAAAAGUAUGCAUUUUGAUGGUACAGAAGUCAAAAAGCUGUUCAAGCCGAUGUCUAGUGAUGAAUUUUUCAAGCUGCUUAAUCAAUGUGAGUUGGACAGUUUUCUCCACGGGUUGAAUCAAUCUGAUGGUCGCCAUAACCGAAGUUAUGAAAUUUUUACUGGUUCAGAAGAAUUUGCAAUGUGGUUGGCAAGUUUAAUAGUUAGAGCUGGGCAUUGUGUUACAAUUCAUUUAAAUAAACCAGGCGAAUAUUACACGUUAAUUCCUCCAAAAGACCACCAAAUCCGAAAACAUCAAAGGCCCAUUAAAAAAGCAGAAUAUGAAGCACUUUCUGAUCAGGAACAAUCCAAAUACUACCGAUACUUAGAGAAUGCAGGCGAUGUUUACCUGCUAUUUUACUCGCAUUGUUUGGGUGGUGGAAAUUGUGCUCCCACAGGUUUUUCCUACAACGAGUCUUUUGAGUUCACGGAUGAAUUGGAAUUAGUCUCAAUAAAAACACCAACUGGUUUCUUCGUUGCAACAUCGUUAGAUGAGAAAGGAAAUUACUCCACGACUACUUAUGUUCUGUCAAAUACUGAUUGA